AUGGCCAAUCUCAUGUCUGUCUUUACCCCGAAAGGGGGUCUGGAGGCAACGACGACUGCCAUCAUCCUUCCGCCUUCGUCGCCAACGCCGUUCACGUUCACCUAUGCCCGACUUCACGAACUUGUGCUCGACCUCCAGUCGCAGCUUGCUUCGUACAACUUGGCACCGGGAAUCGCUGUUAGCUCAUCGCUUGCUAACGGAAUCGAAUUUACGCUUGCCUUCUUGGCUACGGGUGCAGAGAGGCUGGUGGCUGCACCUUUGAACCCAAACUACUCGCAGGGCGAAGUGGAGUUCUAUCUGCAGGAUACCAAGUCGCAGCUGUUGCUCUUGCCCAAGGGCGCACUCAAGGCGGGUCACCCUGCCGUCGAGGCAGCCAAGAAGGUCGGAGGCGUCGAUGUGGUCGAAAUCGUGUUUGAUCCUAGCCAUUCCGGAAGCAUCUCACUUGUUCGUGCUGAUGGUAGCAAUGUCGGCAAGAAGUCGCAGAUUCGCAAGCCGCAGGAUGACGAUGUUGCUCUAGUGCUUCACACCAGUGGUACCACAGGUCGACCCAAAGGUGUCCCACUCACGCACAGAAACCUGUACACGACCAUGGGCAACAUCAUUGCUACCUACAACCUUACUCCGGUCGACCGCACUUACCUCGUUAUGCCGCUCUUCCACGUGCAUGGUCUCUUGUGCGGUUUGCUGGCCACGCUCCUGUCCGGAGGCAGCGCUGUGAUCCCUCCCAAGUUCUCUGCCAGCGUCUUCUGGAACGAGCUCUCUACCAACAAGUGCAACUGGUAUACGGCCGUGCCCACCAUUCACCAGAUGCUGCUCAACUCUCCGCUUCCGAAUCCGGUGCCCAAGCUGCGCUUCAUUCGAUCUUGCUCUUCGGCUCUGUCGCCUUCGACGUUCCACCAGAUCGAAAAGACGUUCCGGGCGCCGGUUCUUGAGGCAUAUGCCAUGACCGAAGCAGCGCACCAGAUGACAUCCAAUCCUCUGCCGCCCGCUAAGCGCAAACCGGGCACCGUUGGCAUCGGCCAUGGUGUUGAGAUCCGUAUCCUGGACGAGCAGGGCAACGAAGUGGCUCAAGGCACAAUUGGCGAAGUGUGCGUCCGUGGCACUAACGUCACCAAAGGCUACCUGAACAAUCCCAAAGCCAACGCCGAAUCCUUCGUCACCACGGCCGAGAACAAAGGUUUCUUCCGAACUGGCGAUCAGGGCCGCAAGGACACCGACGGCUACGUCGAACUCGUCGGUCGAAUCAAAGAGCUCAUCAACCGAUCUGGCGAGAAAAUCUCGCCGCUCGAAGUGGAUGCCGCUCUGCUCGCAGUAGACGGCAUCAAGGAAGCUGUCUCGUUUGGCAUGCCUGACAAGCUGUACGGCGAGAAAGUAGGCGCCGUCGUCAUCCUUCACAAGGGCAAGGAGUGCUUGGGCGAAAAAGAGAUUCAAGCUGCCAUGCAAGGCAAACUGACCAAGUUCAAGAUCCCCGAAAGAAUCUGGAUCACCGACGCUAUCCCCAAAACGGCGACAGGUAAGAUUCAGAGGAAAAACGUUGCUGCCACAUUCCUCAAGAAAGACGGUGCCAAGCUGUAG